AUGUUUUCUUUGACAGACAUUCAGCAAGGACCCACUGAUAUCGGAGAAAUUCUUGUGAAGGUAAGGAGUUUUUAAGUUUCUGCUUCGGCCUGCGAGGAAGUUUUUGCAGUAAUCGUGUCGAAGUUUAUGACUGUUUGGCUUUUCAGCGCUUUGUCUUCCCCGUCUCCCUUGAUCAGGUUCUUGAACUCAACGAGAAUCACAGAAUUUACUAGUUUUCUGGGAAUGAUAUAUUAUCCGGGCACGGUUGCAAUAAAAGUUUAUGUACACACAGCUUUAUUAGUUGGUAUUUACAUUAAUUUUGUACGUUUCAGAAGUUAACGUUAAGAAGAGCACUGUCUUUUUCCUCGUUACAAACUAAGAGAUCAGGCAUGGGUUUUAAAAAACAUCAAUCAGCAGUUAAAUUCUAUCGCUUAACUAAGUUCUAGACAUUUAUACUUACUAAUUACUAACUAAAGCUUAACAAAUUCAUUAUUUACCAUUACGCGCGGUAAUAAUAAAACAGCUGAAAUUGAAAUUUUUAAUUCAAUGGAACCGACAUGCAAACGAACAAACCUUUAAGUUUUCUGGUUCCUCACUGCAAAAACUGUCGCGAUGUUUUUCUUUUUUCCAUAAUCCAUAGCAAUUGUGUUACGCAGUGUGAUUAAAUGAACGGACUUAAAUUACACAACUUCAUGCGUUAAUUUGUUGUAAAAUAUUUGCAGCUCUGAAUAGUGUUUAUAAGAGAGAAGUGAAUUGCUAAGAAUGCUGUCAACCUUAAUUGCUCUCCUAAAAAAUGCCUUGUAAGUAGGAUCUUGACCAUAUUUAUUGGGAGGAAAACUUUGGCAUGCUCAUUUGUACUUUAACAUCACUUAUCAUUGGUAAACCCUAACCCCCUUUCAUGCUAGGGUUACACGGGGCAUUAGCUAUGAAGAAGAAUUAAACUACUCUGUACAGACAUAGUGAUCAGAAAUACAUAACAAUGAAUACAAGGGCAACAAUACAACAAUAGUUACUUGAUUUAGGGCUGUCAGUAACUUGGCUUUGACCAAUCUCUUAUCCAGUCUACAAGUGCAAAUGGAAUUUUAUUAAAUUUCAUGAUAUCUUGAAUAUUUGAGGCUUUUAUCAGCUCUGCAACAGUUGGCGCAAUGCAUUUCCAUAUAAGGUGACCCGGAAUAUGAGCUGAUAAUGGUAGUCGAGGGAACUAAUCAGAACACUAGAAAUGCAACAUUUGGAGUUGAAAAUUUAAUAAGAUAUGUUAUUGAGUUGGACUGUACUUGAUAUUUUAUUUUCUUGUCACCUUGAAAAAAAUAAUUGCAUUUUUGUGGUUCAGUAUGUUGAUCAAUGUUUAAUUGAAGGGGUUGUUCAAGUGAGUUAUAAACCUUUUUUUUUUUCUUUCUAGUGGAGGUUGAAAAAAGGGUGAUUUGUAGUUUAUGAGGAACAAGUUCUAGCUCAAUUAAGAGGAAUUUCCCUUUUACCCUUACAAGUGAAUAAAGUAUCUAAUUUCUCCCUACAGAGUAACACCUGCAUCAUGCAUUGAGGUUAGGAGAGUAAAGGAAAUGAUCACUAGCAAUAGUCUGUUAAACAAAUUUUCCUCAUCAGCACCUUUAGUUAGGAAACGUAUUAAGAACAUUCUGGAGAAUAAUACAUACUGAUUGUAAGGUAUAGGUACAGCUGUUUGCCGUACAUAACAAAGUAAGGGUUGUGUCUCAACUGUACAAUGUGUGUUGUUUCUGAUUAUCCGUCAACAUUGUUUCUUAGGUUCAAGAUGAUCUGCGACACCUCAAAGAGCAAAUUAUUUCACAAGGAGUCUCCACUGAAAUUAUUGAUCUCAGGACACUUGAGAGUGCCAUUGAAAGAACUGAACAAAGUGUCAGGGUAAGUUAAUAACAACUACAACUACUAUGACAUGACUUAAGUUGUUGUUUCCCUAUAUUUCAGCUUUCUAAUCUUUUUGUUUUAUGACACCUACUUUAGUCUUAGUACAUGUAUUUGACGAAUUCUGGUUUAGCUGAUUUACACUUGUAAACAUGCAUGAAUAUUUAAUAUAACACACAGGUGUGUGUAUUAAAUUGAAGCGCUGUGUGGGUAUUUACAUGUGCAGUGUGUGGGAAUUGCAGGCGUGUCAAGUGCAUGUAAUGCUGUGGUACUCAUUAAAGAUACUGUACACUAGCUUGUAUGGACUCUAUGGAUGAAUCAUUACUAUUUUUAAUAUAAAAUGAUUUUCAUUAUCUAAUUUGUAGAGGGAUAUUAAAAUUGUUAUUUAAUUUUUGAUGCAGGAUAAAGCUGAGCAGAUCGUCCACUCCGCCAACAACCAAGUGCUAACUUUACCAUCACUUGAAGGACCUGUUACUGGUUCAACAAAAAAAAAGCAGCAAGAAGCUGUAGGGUAUGUCUGUUUUUGUUUUUAUCAGAUGAACAUGGAAAAUAAUUAUUGUACAAUUGUUCAGUAAUUGUGACCGUGAAAGGCAAAACAGAUACUAAUGGUUAUCCGUUUGAAGGGGUAAACCAUUCGUUAUCUGUUCGUCAUCUAUUCAAGCGCCUAAAAAAAUCCAUUCAAAGUGUUCAACAAACCAUUCGAAUGGUUGUGACGUCUGUUUGAAUGGUUUCGACAUCUGUUCAAAUGGUUUUUGCAUCCGUUCACCAACUAGGAGUGUCCAUUCGGAGAACUGCGGCAUCCGUUCGAACAGUUUGAAUUCUGUUCUGUUCAUCCAUUGGAAAGGAGAAAAUUGCAUUUUGUAGUUUAAUUCUCUACAGAUAUUCAGUCUAGCGGUUGAAACAUCCCGAUCCACAUCUAUGUGACUAAAUCGUGGGACAAAUGAUUAACUCAGCUGUCAUAUUAAACCACGAUGACAACCACCUUUCAUGAGUAGUUUCAGACAAUGACUAUAAACUUUAUGUACUAAAUAGGCAAACAGUUGCAAAAACGUCAUUUCUAAGUCGUGAAAACCUUCACUGAAUAAGAGAAUUGCUCUAAUUGGCAGAGGAAAAUGGUGAGAACUACAUGCAUUCACUCCCGAUUGAUCCCAUGACCAUGCUUGCAACAACAGUACUACAAUAAUGCUAUCAGCAUUUUGCCAUAGCAACUGUUGUUAGGACAAUCAAUGUUGUUUUACUAAAAAAAUCAUUGUUAUUGCUUUUUUCAUUUAAGGGAUCAACGUAUAGUAGCAUUCAAGAGGAGCUCUUCACCAAGAAAAGAAAGGUUGGUUUAAUUGUAAUCUGUUAACACUUAUCAUGUUUUGUUCGACAGUUGAUGUUUGCUUAGCUAUGUAAACUGCAUCUGGUACAUGUACAUCAACUUACAGUGUAAUGGCAUUGAAUUUCAUUUCUGUCUAAUUCCAGUUUCAGGAGUCUUUUAGAACCAAUAGCAAUUGCAAAAGAAGGGAAUAAACCAGGACCCAAUGCCCCUGCUCCUGGGCAACAGGUGUGUACUCAAAGUUGCCUUUUGAUAAUCUGUUUCAAAUUAAUGAUGAUUAAUAAUUAUUAACCAUUUAACUUUCAGAAGCGAUUAACAUGCAUGACAAACUUGAUUCUCCCAUAAAUAUCCAAUCCCUCAUGCAUUAUCCAGCAAACAAGAUAUGAGAAUACUCAAACUUACAAGGUUAAAUGUCAUCUUGAUCUAAGACCAAAUUCUCCUAACUAAUCUGCAAGGAAAUGUGUAGCAGCUAGAAGCUAAGAGAGAAUUAACAAUGAGAUCUAGGGAGUUAAAAGAUCAAAUGGGCCAGUUAUUUUACAGGAGUUUUUUUCUGCGUUUAUUUCACUGUAUUGAGCAGUGUCACAUUUUUAAGAAUUGGUUGACAGAAAUGUAUCUUACAAAAAUGUAUCUUUAUCAUGUGAAAUUAGGGUCAAGUACCUCUGAGCUGUACUGUACAUACAGUUACAUUACAAAAUUUUUGUCAAAGACCAAGUUUUUCAUAAAAGCACUAUGCACCUUUUUGCAAAGAAUUUUCUCUGCAUGAUUCUGAAAUGUAACAUGGCAAAAAUUCUAGUGCUCAAAAAUGAUCUCAGACUGACCACCCCAAAUUGUUCAAAUGUGUAGUGAUGCAUCACUGAUGUUUGCCAUCAUUUUUUUAUAAUUUCUUUUGCAGGCUAGAGAUCUUAGAAGUUUAAAAAUCAUUAGUAAUCCAGCUCAUCCAGCAGCAAGGAACAUCCUAAGUGAAAGAUAUGGUAUUGCUCUUCCAUAUAUUGUGGAUAAACAUGAACAACCAGCUCAGGUCUGUUAAAAGAAGUGGUAAUAAUAACAGUCCAUGAAAAGUGGCACAUUAGGUGCAGCAAAGUUUAUACCAGUGAUUUUCUUACUGCAUUUUGAAGUCUCCUUUGAUCUUUUAUGGAACAGAACCAAGCAUCAACCCAAAAUCUUUUUGCUUUGUACUGCAGACACCAGAAGUUGUUAAUGGUGACACCAUCUAUGGAUCAAAAGAUCAUAAGUUAAAGAACUAAUCAAAAUCCAUGCUCAAUUGAUUUAGCAGAUUAUUAAUAAUGGUAAUAAGACUGAGUCCAAUUUGGUCUGUAAUCAUACAGUCAGGUGAUAAACAAAAUCGGACUACUGCAAAGCGAUAGUCCAAUUUGUUAAUAAAGAGUAUGAUUACAGGAUAGAAUUGGACAACACAAAGUGUUGUUACCAAUUAAUCAAAACAAUGACUGAAACUGAGAAAGAAACUGGACAUCAGUUAUACAUUUUCAUUAAAAAAAAAAAAACAGUUUACUUAGCAAAAUGCAGGACAACAGUGCUUUACACAGGCAUGACAUGUGAACUGUCCCUUUAACUGUCCUAUUACACUGUCCAAUUACAAGCAUGAUGUGUACACUAUGAUGAUAACCAAUUUUGUUCAAGAAUUUUGGUAUAGUUUUGAUUAAUACCAAUAAAAUCUUAACACUGCAUGGUAAGGGCCUUAACUAUUAGUGACUGUAGACUACAUGCAUAAAUGGUAAUUUGGUAUGGUGAGCUUAGUUGAUAAUGUAAAUUGGCCACAAUAAAGAGCGAAUGACAAAGAGCUAAUGCUUGAAACAUCACGUAACUUUGAAACUCUUUACAGUGGCCAAUUUACAUUAUCAACCCAAUUGAUAAUACCAAAUUACAUUGUUAUACUCUCCCCUUGAUGCAUCACCACAAAUUCUUUAGAAACUUUAUAACCCUUUUUGUACAUAAAUAGCUUUAAAUUGAAACCCUUUUUAUGCAGUGUCAUGGAGGAAGACUAUCUGAUAAAUAAUUAUACAUCAUAAUUAUACCCUGAGUCUGUCAACUUUAAAUUAUUUGUAAGCAAGGCUUUUAUUGGACUAAUUACAGGUUCCUGGUAAAGUUGUCACAGGCUCAACUGUUGAACCAGUCAACACUCUACCUAGAGCCAAUAGAGUGGAUCCCUCGGUAAGUCAAAGUAUCUCUUUCAUAUUAACUUUCUAAAAGUACUUCCAACACUCCAUACUGAUUUAGUGACUCAUUCUCUUUGGCAUCUGUAGUGUAUGGAGUAGAUGUAAAAAUGAGAUGUAACUUUUAUAAAACGUGUUGUAGCUAAUGAGCACAUGUUAAAAGGAGAGAACAAUGUUAUGUUAAAGGCACAAGAAAUUUGUAAUUUGCAUAUAGCUGUCAGUGGCUUUUAGUGGUAAUUGGGAGAUAGUUGCAUUGUGAGUUUAUUUUUAAUGGUUGUUAAUAAAUUGUCUUUUAACUGAAUAACUGCUGCAACAUUCUGUUUGAACUGAUGGUGAAGAUAUGUGGGCCAAAAUGCAGUGUGCAAAAAUGACUCCAAGUUUCUACUUUUAUCCUUGAUCUAUAUUCCCUCAAAUGUCUACUUUUUGUAACAUGAGCUUUUGUGCUGACUGAAAGAUUAAAACAAUUAUUGUAAUUUUUGUAAGCUUAACUGAGAAUUCCUUUGUUGUGUUCCCAUCGACGUGAAAUACACUGUAAUCAUAUUCCUUAUUGUAAAAUAAAGAACCCAGCAAAUUUGCUGCACUCCCAUCAUAUGGCUUUGUAGCUUUUUUGUUAGUGUAAUGUAGCACCCAACUAGACUUGGAGACAUGCAUUUGAACUUUAUUGAAGCUACAGUAGUUACUGUAAUUACAGUUCACCUGUGUCUGGAUAACUAUGACAUUCAUUUGCCAUUAUUUUUUUGUGUGUGUUUACAAAUGUAUGUGUAAACCUUAAUCUCUUACUAAGUAGGAUUUGUUGUACUUUUGUUUUAGCUUACCCCACCUCCAAUUACAGAGGAAGAUGCACAGAAGGGAAUUCUGAGUCUAAUAGAGCGUGGCCUCAUACCAGUAAGAGUGUUCAGAUAAGAUUUGUAUUAUCCCAUAAUGUAAAUCAAAUCAUAUUUUAAACACUAUAAGACAAUGUCUUAAAGUGUUUACCUUAUCUAUCUGCACUUUAUGCAGUGAAGUCUUACCACUGCAUACCACAUCUAUAGAAUUUUCUCUGUGUAACAGAAUGUUCAUGAUAAACAUAUUAACCCUGUAACUCGCAUGAGUGACCAAGAGAGAAUUUCUCCUCACAAUAUUAAUACAAUAUCAACCAGAUAAGUGAUGAGAAUAAAGAAAAUAUCAAUUUGGGGAUAAUUAGUUGAUCCAAUACUAAAUUCUCUAUACAAACAUAAGUUAAAGUUGUGUUGUUGACAGUAGGGAGAAUGACAAAUUUGAUCUGGGAGUUAAAGGGUUAAGGAAACUUAAUGAGUACAUUACAGUCAUUGUGAAGGCCUUAAAUAACAUAUAAUUUAUGAUGCAGCAAAAUUAUCUUGCAAUUCAUUAUAUGCAGUUUGUCCAUAUUUACUAGAAUCUAAGCCUCAUAAUCAAAUCAAUAUAGUUAUUAUUUUUUGAGCAUGUAUCAACACACAACUGCAAUAAUUUAUAAUUCAUUUCUUACCUUUAAUCUCUGGACAUAUUACCCUGACUUGUAAAUUAAAGCUUCGAUUCAAUUGUAUGUUCAAAAACUACGGACAAAUUGCAUUGUAUUUUGUACAUAGGCUGAGUAACAGUUAUUAUAUUGUUUUAAACUUUAGAGUGGCUAACUUUAGCAAACUGUUUCCUUUGACAGCCUGCAGCAGAACUCACACUCAAGCCUUCUCCAGUUAAACUUCAUCAGGCUCCUGUGAGUGUUACUGAUUCUUUGAUUUUUGGAGCUAUAGACCCCCAGCUUUCAAGAAAAAGAAAAAAAUCAAAUGGCACAACAAAAAUAUUACAUGUGGUUGGAGACUAAUUCUGGGUUAACCCUUGUACACCCUAACCCAGUAUGUACAAAUAAUAAAUAUUCUAAAUGCUGUUCUCUAUAUGCAUUUGCUUUGGUUCUAGAAUUUGUUUACUUGGUGAUCAUCUCCUUGAUUCUUGUGACCCUACUGUGUAAUUCAUGGGUGAUAACAUAAAAGAGAAAUUAGCUGCUAGUCACUCUGAGGGCGCACAGGGUCAUCAUGUUCCUGAAGAAAAAACCUCAUACACUGUGCAUUGAUUUUUUAUGUUUUCCAUAUUUUCUUCCAUGUGAAAAUAGUUAAUGAGGGCUUAAUUAUUAAUUCUUUUACUUGAAUACAGCUCCACGAAUCCCAACAUCAGUUUUCAAGAUAUACUGCUCCUCCUCCAAAGGAUUUUGUGGGAGGUAAAUAAGUCUCAGUCUGGUUACUCUCUGAGAGUUUGAUCACAAUUAACUGUAUCAAAUAUUCAUUUUCAAUUCUUUUUCCAGAAUCACUCCAGUAACCCCUCUCAUGGAUGGUUUCAAUUGGUUUUAAACCCCCCCCUCCCCAUUGUGAUUCAUAUUAUUCUCUGGAUAUUUGCCUAUGUAUAUGUAACCCUCCCUUUCUUACUUUGGAAUUUCCAGCACUCUGUCCCACAGAGGGUAUAGAUAUUUCUUGAAUCACAUUCUCUAUUCUUGUAAUGUACAUUGUACAAAUAAAUUAAUGAUAUGGCUCUUGUGUGGUCAUAAUUUUUUGGCUCUGCUCUAGACCUAGAGGUCUCACUGGUACUACAAUGUACAAUGUAUAAUGCAUAAUGUUUUAUGCUAGAUAAGUGUGUUACAUCAUGCAGCAAAUGUGCACUCAACAAAGUAUUUUACUGAUGAUGCCAUUAAAUGUGUUUUAAAGGGAACUGGAUGAUAUUGUGUAGAGUGUACCUUGAUCAUUUUAAAUGUUGAUUUGCAUUGUUUUUUACCAUUGCAGUUGGGGGCUACAACCUGUCAGUUGUUAAGGUAUGAGUGCAAACUGUAAAUGUACGAGAAUGAGCAGAAGACAAGUGAAAUACUUUCAGGGGUUUUUUUUUUUGAGAAGUUUUAUAGUAACUCAAAUUUCUUAAACAUAGUGAAGGGUGCCCGAAGAAUUAGGCAAUGAACUUCUGUAAAAAACCUAUUAACUAGAAGAAAUUUCAUCAGAAAAUUGAGACCAACUUAGUUAACUUAACAAUAUUUAUCAGCUGCUGUCUGACAGUGUAGUAGAUUAUGAUUUGCUUUUCAGUUGAGGGGACAUGUGGGAAGCCUGGGGGAAGAGGGGAGGGAGGGGUUCAAAAGGGAGGGGAGUGGAAAGAUUUUUGGCAGAAAUGUAUUGAGGGUUGGAAGCUGAAGAGGGAUGCAAACAUUUGUUAACCAUUGAUCUUUAAUCAUCAAGGUAGAUAUAUUGGUGGCAGAGGAAUUGGAUGCUGUGAGCAGAAUAUUCUCAGCCCUUUGUUUUAUUUUACUUCCAACCCCACCUCCUUCCCAUCUAAGUCUGUAUCACGUGUAUUACUGCCAGGAGACAAAAAACUAUUCUUAGAUCAUAAUUUAGUUGAUUUUAAAUUUAGUGUGAAUGAUAAUCUUGCUAACCUAUUUAAGUUGGACAGAAGGUGAUUAAUUUUACUCUUACUUUUUUGCUUGACAGAUGGAUCCAGCAGGAGUGCAAGCUGCUCGACAGUCCUCCAUUGGAGAAAAGAAGAGAAGAAUAAGAUCUCCAACAGAACAACAGCAGCCUGCUCCUGCCAGGGUAUGUACUUGUAUCACCAUGUGUGGUAAUCAAAGACAAAAGGAACUACUGUUCAGCCCUAUUGGUAAUAGGACUGGAUGGAUUACAGCUCAGUGAGUAAUCAGGCAAGUGAUUUCAAAUUGGCAAAGUGCACAGCUCAAAGCUGAUUUGAAAUCACAAGCAUGAGAUACACUUGAGUUGUAAAACUCAAAGACUGAUCACCAAUUUUCGUCAAUCACAAAUGCACACUGGGAGAACCUUGUGCACAAGGGUUUUGUAAGGCAAACUUUCACCUGUUAUUAAUACAUGUUUGGUUUCAGUGUGGAUCUCUCAACCUGCUUCGCGAAGAAGUUUUUUUCAUUUUGAUUGGUUAGCAUUGACUACAUGUAGGUAAUAAAGCUGAUGGCUAAAUGUGCUUAAUUUUCAUAGGCUGCUUGACUAUCUGAUUGGCAAUAUCUGUAAUUGGAAAAGUGUGGUGAAAUCAGACAGUUUGGACUUGAAAAAGUGAAUGAAGCCACAAAUAAGGGCUGUUGAAAACCAGGAUUUUUUUCAAAUUGAAAAGUAAUGAAACAAUGUGUUUUAUUUAAUAAUGUAGGGCUGGACUCAGAACUCCAAAAUGAAACCUCUUCCACUAAAAGCCAUAGAGGCACCUAACAUGGUAAGAAAAUGAUACUAAAUCUUUGUGAUUAAUAACAGGGAAUCUGGGCAGAGGUUAAGAAUGAUGGGAAGGGGAGAAGGGAUGGUCUUUCUCUACCUUGCAUUUAUGGGCACAGGGGAAAAUGACUAAGGACAGGUUUGGAGGCUCAGCCUCAUGAUUGAACCACCCUGUAUGUACAAAUGCAAAAAACACUUUACACUGACAGGAUGGGAAGAGAUGAAAUAUCUAAACCUUAGCCAAUUCCUGGUGUUCAGUUAAUAAAUCAGAGCAAAUAGUAAACGGUGCAAUAUAUAGUAGCGGUUGUCCCAAAACGAAGGGGGCUGACCUGACACAAACUUUGCUGGUUUUUUUUUCUCUCCUCUGCAUUUUUUUAACCUUUAACAAUCGCGCUUCCUUUUCCUAUUUGAACACUUAAACCAGGCUAUCUAAAACUUGGCUUAAAGGAAUUUUUUUCAUCUUUUUCAAGUUUUAUAACAUGUUGCAAAGCAAUGAAAAGGUUAUUGAUAUAUAAGCAUCUCAUUGUACACUUGGAAAUAUGAAUUGUAACAGUACAAUUGUAUACGUUUGUGGAAGGGCUUCUUUUCAUGUUGUUGCCAUACGUCUUAUUGAGGACUAAGAUGAUUGAGUGAGUCUCUUACCUACAUGUAUUCUGGAUAUUAAGGCUAGUUAAGUAUACCCAGUGAUCUUUGAAUGUCUGUUUAUCGUGUAGUGGCAGUUGUCUGCACAGGCGUAGUUAAACUGUAAAUUACAUGCUCUCUUUAAUGUCUGUCAGAUUCCUGUUCCUGCAUCUACACCAGCGAAUGAACUGAAAAGUGUUCACAAGUUUGUGAUUCAGAAUGGCAAGACGAGAGUUACUUCACAGGUGCAAAAGAAUUGUUGUAAUAUUCUUUUUUAUGGUGGAGGUCAUCCAUCAGAUGACUGCCUAUCAGGUGGUCAUAGCCGUGUCUCUGUCACAAAGACCCGCUCUAUAGUCCGGUGUAUGGGCUUUCUGAGACGCAGGCUACCUGUACAUUGCUCACAUUGUGUAGCCGAAGUUGUGAACAAACAUCUAGUUUCCUCUCGCACUUGGUUGGGAAUGAGUAAGGAAUAUCUAGUCAAAUAUUUGUCUUUGUUAGCUUGUGCUGAAUUGGUAGUGUUAUCGAGUUUUGAUACACACGGAGAACGUUUUUUUGAGGGGUUACAUCUGCUGCUCAUCCUUACUGCGCUCGAUUUCACACUUGAGUAGCGCUCACACAUUAUUAAAAUGGCGGUACUUAAUCUGGCCUGUGCUCGUGGGUUAUGCUGUCUUGUUUCGUGAUCGUCGAGCACGGUGACUUACUUUCCAUGCAGAUUACGUAUUGAAAACAGACUUCCAGGGGAAAAUAGAUCGAUUAUUAGAAAUUGUAUUUUUACUGUUCGUGAACGACGAGAAACUCUGCAUAUGUAUUCAGGGAGUAGUUUUAGGUGGUGACGCAGCGAUCAAACAUUACUUACAGGAUCUGUCAAUUUCAAAUUACUUUACUGAACGAUAUUAGCCCAGACAGGCAAAUAGGCUCACGGUUUCAGGGAUACAGAAACAAUUUUUCAGUUCAGUUUUCGAACAUUUCUCUCCCAAUGACCAUCCCAGGCACAAACUGGCACUGUGACUCCAUCGCAUCAUGGCAUUUUUGCUAUGCCCUGUGCCAAGCUUGAAAACGAAUCUGGAUACUAUUUCUUUUUCAGGAAACUCCCAAUUGCGCGUAGCAUUUUGAAUUAUCUCUAUGCUUUUAAAGAGCCUGGUAACUUGAUGAUGCGGUCUGGAGAGACGCAUAAAACUUUGCCGGCUGUAAUGUUUCAAACCAAGAAAUCCAGGCUUAAAGAUACCCCACGUAACCUUUAAGUUUAAUAGCAAUGUGUAUUUUAUAAUUGAAUAUACUUCUUACUAUUUCCCUUUACAAAAAGUUUCACUAAAAAUUAAUUUUAAAAACUUGAGUAGAUAUUAACAGUAUCCUGUGUAUAAGUUGAGUUUUUUUUCCCAUGAUUUUGAUAGGACUACCUGGAUUUCAAACAACAUUAUUGCCUGUCUUGGGGAAGGUGAGUCCUCGCUGUUUUCUUUGGUCAACCCACUGUUAGAAUGCUUUCAAUGGAGUGUCAUGAACCCAUGAUCAAAAGAUUUGAACUGCUGAUCGAAAUUAGAGAUGGAAAAUGGGAAUGGGAACAACAAACUCAACGCACCUGCAACUCCGGUUCGGGUAGUCGAACCCGGGUCAAAGCGAUAGGAGGCAAGUGCCAUCCCAUUAUUGAAACCCUUGGGGUAGACUUCAUCAUCGAAAAUCGCUUAUUGUCCAACUAAUUAAGUGAUUAAGUGCUCCAAGUAAGUUUAAUUCAUGUGGUUCUAUUUAUCAUUCUUUUUCAGCAUACUGACGUUAAUUCUGAAGCUGGAAGAGCUUCUCACCAAUUAUUGCGUCCCGAUUGCCUUCAUAGAUGGUGACAGGUAAGACGAAAUUUCAAAGUCGUAGUCGUUAUGGUACACAUAAAUGGUAUUCCCUAGUUACUGCAUAUGUUUCUCUUUUAAUUGAUUGACUAUUAGUUUAAAUGAGGGGAUCUUAUGGUAAAAAAUUGUCCUACAAAGGCAGCUUUAUUCGUUCAAUUUUCUUUUUCAGACUGGCUGAUCUAGCACUAGUUUUUGAACUGGAACAAGAUCCAACAGUCGAGGUCAGUAUGUUGUUUCAUAUGAGCUGCAUAUGCCCUCGUACAUGUAGCUUUGUUUUUCAAAGAAUGUUAUCAAAUUGAACUUACCAUAAUGUAGAUAAGAGGGAAGUCGUGGCCUUGAAACUAAAGGCAUAAGGGGCAUCAAAGUACGUAGAGUGAUAUCAAACCUAUGAACUCCUUCAAGUAAAGUAAGGAAAAUCAUUUUUCCCCUUGCAGCAUUUCCUAACGUGCAUAUUGAAUGCGGAUGAUGUGGAAAAGAUUAUUAAAACGCCUGGCAGAAGAUACCUUGGUCCGAAAGGCACAGAAAUGGCAGCUAUAAAAAUACAGGUACCUUUUACUUUCCUUCAGUGUGUAACGCAGAUAACAAUAUAAGCAUGAAAUAUUCACAGUGUUCAACUUUAGGAGAACGCAACCAAAUGCCGAAUAGCCUGUGCCAUCAACUCGAGAUGUAUUAUCGUUGCUGGUGUUUGUUUCUUACUUGCAGGGUAUGUUACUGCGUUCAUGUCAACUGCCACAUACACCUGUAGUUGUAUGCUCUGCUUGUGUACCUGGCUAUUUGUUAUGUGGCGUCGGGCUGUGAAUAACAUUCCACUCAACGUUACCAUCAAUUGUGUUUUCUUUUUCGCAGUCCACAUGGCGUAGGUACAAGGAUCGCUCGGCUUACCUUCUAUACCGGAAGCGGAAAUGGGCGGCAGGUUAGAAAUGUCACUCCAAAGUGAAAAGCCACUACUGAUUAUCGAGAUAGACUUUUUCUCGAUCAGUUGAACUUUUUUUUUAUUUAUGUUGUCCAGCGGAGUACUUUUUAGCAGUUACAUGUAAAUCCAAGUGCUUCUGACCUGUUGGAAGAGCCUGGGAAAAGAGAGCUAAAUUAAGUUCUGAUCAAAUCGUGUUUUUGCUUUUCCAAUACAGUGUAAGUGUCGUGUCUGUAGGUGAUGCGAAAAAAGGGUCUUGUCACCUGAGAGAAAGAGAAAUGUAGGCCGCGAAGUUUCCACAAGUUUAAGCUGCCAGCAGUCUGGAUUUUGUUUCUGUGAGGCCUAGAAAGUUUCCUUCAAAUUUGAGUUUAGAAAAUCGCAGUUUGCGAGGGUAAAUAAACACCAAAGGGGAAAAAUGACCACCUUCGUUUGCGCUCUUGAAAAUGUCAAAAUAUUUAAACUCUAAUUUGAUCUUCUUUCUUUUUCUGUUUUUCGAAGGUGUUAUCGCAAUAUCGUGGAUUAUGAGCUGUAAAAUAUCCAUGGUGCGAAAACAGCUUAAAGCGACCAGAAAAUUACAGCUGAAAAGGUUCAAAGUACGCGCAAAGGUAAGUUUAAAUUAUUACAUGCACCUUAAUGGCUGUCAAAGACGCGGUGGCCAAGCGCUUAGUGCGCUGGACUGGGUCGAGAGGUCCGAGUUCAACACUUGGCCAGGUCAAUGUGUUGUAUAAAGGGGUAAGUUUCUAAAGAAACUGUGGUGCUGUAGUAUAGCAGGUAAUCAAGUGUUAACAACUGGGUCGAAAACGUAAAUUAGCCACCUUAAAGAGUAAAAAAGCUUACGUUUCGAGCGUUAGCCCUUCGUCAGAGCGUUCUUGUCUUCUUGGGUGAAACGCUUUACUCUCACAGUGCGUCUCUCCACCCAGGAGUGUAAAUGGGAAUCAGUGAAUUUUCAGGGAAGCCUGAUGAAACCUUGCAAGGGACGAGCAUCCCACCCGGGGGGAAGAGUGAUACUCCUAUAUUAUCUUCCCAUUAUCAGCUCCUCUAUUCCGUUUCCAUGGAAGAUCUCUCAGGGAGGUGUUGAAGUUGGUUAUGGUCUACUGUAGCAUACCCUUUUACUUGCAGACGUGAUGCCUGUAGCAGAUCAUGGUAUUCUUUGAAAUGCCGAAACUGCUAUUUUCAUACAUGGGCACUCAUGUAGUAAAUAAAGGAGUAAUCCCCUUUUCAAAUUUUGUGCCAAGGGUUUAUUCGGCCAUUUUAAGCUUUAUGGGUUUGAUUCGUAGAAAAUAGAAACGAAUGCGUUGUCUCGAUUAUUCCUCGUUUGAGCCUAUGUAAAAGAAAGAAAAUAAGUUCUUCUGUGACAGUAAAUUGUAUGUGUAUAUUUUUUACGUGACUGUCCCUAGGCAUUUCAAGAAGCCUGGCCUCGCAUCAAGGAUUCAAGGAGAGUAGUAAUUCAUAUACCGUCCUUAGGUAGGUAUUAUUUCAUCGUAUUUCGGAGACAGGCAGGAGAAAGCCACACUCGACUGAAACCUUUGACGAAAAACACACCUUAUAGAACUGCCCACAUAAAUGGGUGGGCUUUUACGAGAGAUACUUGCUCAAGAUUGUACUUCUCUUUAUAAUUAUCAAUACAUAUCUUUGAAAAUGUUUAAUGAGAAUACACAGCUUGAGAGUGUUACCUUGAUGUAAAACUAUAGACUCACAAACAAUCUGGCAACAGAUUUAUGCCAGCUUGGAGGAUGAAUUUUCUGAUAAGACCUUGGAGGUUAUUGAAAAGGUCAAGUUUAGUAUUUUAGCCAGCACAUGCUGUGAACUGUAUCACAACCUACAGUACUCUAAGUUCUGAAAAGUGAAGGAAUUCCAUUGCUCUCACCUGAGUGAUCCAUUUAAUAAAUUGUUUCCAUGUUGCCGUUGGACUAUUCGGUAUUAAAUUACAGACUACGUCAAAAUGUGGUAAGGACAAAAAAGUGACAAACGAGGCGCAGUCGAGGGUUCACUGAUGUUCUUCCCACAUUUUGACUUCUUCUGUGAUCUGUUGCUGUACAAAGCCAUAACAACAUAGAUCCCACUUGUUUUAUAGGAUAAAAAAGGCAAAGUGUUGUUAAUGGUGAUGUCUUACAUGCGUCUGUCCUCCAAUAGAUCAUUAGUGAGAACAAAUCAAUAUGCGAGUAAAAGUUAGCUCAUAUAUAAAUUUUGACCCGCAUCUGGUGACACUGUUUGUUCCUUUUCAUUUUGUAGGAUAUGCCCAGCACAUUCGAGAUGAACUGAGUGAAAUAAAAAUUUUACAAAAUCUCCAAAUGGCCAGACUGUGCGACAUAGCCGGUAAGAAUAGGUCCUACCUACAUACAGAAAAGCUUAGAUCAAUUUCAGUCGCAAACAUCUAAUGAGCAUCUUUUUAUUACGUAGAUCCCAAAGUCGAAGUUAUUUAUGUUAGUCCUGUGGAACUAAAUGACGAAGUCUACCAGUAUUACUCGAAACUACUGGCAAUGAAAGCGCGGAGACUAGACAAGAGCAAUUCCGAAUCUAAAGGAAAUGGCGACGAGGAUGAAGACAUUGAAAACCGCUAUAAGAUCAUUGUACCGGAUGCUGUAGACAGAUUCCCAGUGAGGCACUUUCCACUCUUUUGAAACCUUUUAUUUCGUUGUGAUCUUUACGAAAGAAAUAUUUUACACGGCCCUGGAACAACAAAUAUAUUUUACGUACGCUGAAUGUGGAAUAUUUCAUUAUCACUUUGACAAACAUUGAGUAAAGCAAGUAAACAGAGCAAAUGUGCUUUCGUCUAAUAUGAGCGUUUUCAAGGGAAACAAUCGUGCGUUUUCAAAGCACACUAUACAACUGAUGUUUUCCUGGCAAGCCCAUUCUCGUAAGAGUAACUAAUUACCUGAUACCAUCUGCGUUUUCCGCCAACCUUUUUGGUACAUAGUUGUGUCAGAAACUCGCAUCUCUGCUCAGUUCUUGUUUUCCAACCCAUAGAUCUGUUUUGAUGUCAUUUGUAAAAAAACUGAUUUCUUCAUUCGUCCAACAGACUCACAACAUGUGCCUUUCAUCCAUUCUAAAGUACAGUCCACGAACGGUGAAAAGGUAAGACUUUUUUGUUUUAAUUCUUACUAUAGAAGAAUAAGUUAUCAUUAUUAUCAGUGGGUAAAAGGAUCCAUUUUUGAAUUUGUCAGUACUUAAGAUUGCCAUGCUAAGUGUUUUCCGCAUGUAAUCCUUGCUAGGCUGAGGAAUUUAAUCAAAGGUCGUGAUGCAUAUAUAGUUCCUGGUGUCCUUCAUAAAGAUGACAUUUACCUGGCUGAUUUACUCGGUGAGUGUGACAAGUUGUUUCACAUGUACAUGUAGUGCUAAUAUUGUGUAAAGAACCUCACGAUCUGUAAACCGCACAUCGUGAUAGGAUCCUUGUGUGGUGUUCCAUCAAAUAUCAACUGCACAAUGGAAGCAUUGUUUCGAUAACAUUUUCCAUAAGCGGCUGCCGAUGCUGUAAAAGGCUGCUGUAUCAUGCCGUAAGACGAAACCUAAACACGAGGCUAAACAGACGGUGUUAAAACUUUUUACAAGCGACGUUAGGCCGCCGGUAACCAGCUUUUCUUGAAACCCCUGUGAAAGACACUCAUUCGGAUAAGUAACAGCAUUGUAACGCGGAAAGGGACAAUCACGUAAAGAUUUGAGGGUAAUCGGAGACCAUGCUAUGCGCUGAGAACAUGCGCACGGCAGUUUGGUAUUGCGAUUGAAUGUUGUCUUCUUAUCUCAUCAGAUAUUCCGGUUUUGAGCCCAGAGCCCGAAGUGGCCACAUUAUACUCUACCAAGUCAGGAUCCAAGAGGAUUUUUCUCAGCGCAAAGGUUGAAAUUCCUCCUGGCCACUUUGAUAUAUACAGUCUUCCACAGGUUUGUGCAGAAUUUUCUGGGCCCAUACCACAUCUCUUUCUCUUACGUGACUUGAGGCACACGCGUUGAAAUAUUCUAGUUUCAUGUCUUUAUGUAUGGGGUGAUAAAUAUCUGUGGAAAAGUCUCGGUUCAGCCGGGAGCCGGACCUUUUAUGAGUUGAGCAAAGUGAACAUGAAGUGUAUAAUACCUUGAAUUAAGUUCAUGACAAGUUUGGUGUCUGAAUCAAUUAAGAACGGCUAUUUUGAUUUCAAACGGCUCUGCCCUUGUCUUCCCGCACAGCUUGGCAGAGAAAUUCGACUAUGGCCAGAGUGGCUUUGGUUCAGACACCGACCGUAUCAUAAUCAUACCAAACUUAAUAUAUUAUAGCGUAUUUUUACUGAAAGUGCUGGAAAGCCUGGAAUUGUAUUAAGAGGGGCUAAAGAACGGUCAGUCAAGUUAGAUGUGUGAAUCAACAGGUUUACUUUUGUUAAUUUGGGUCGGUCUAAAUUUCGAUCGAAUUCGGCUUUGGAAAGUUUGGCGCCUGAAUCGGGCAAAAAAUAUCGCUUAAGUAGUUAAAAGUUUUCUAAUAGGAGGACAGGUAGAAAAUCAGUCAUUGUAUUUAGCUUUCAUGGAAUCUCGCUCUUUUUGUUUCAGCUUCACGAAAGUCUUGCUAAACUGGUAACUGAAAACCUCCAUAUUAAACGAUGGCUCUUCAAAAUGGACAAUGAAUUUGAUGGCAGAGGAACAGGUGAGCAUAUACUGAUGUUGACACAUGCUCGAAUGCUUUGGAGGUAAAGUGUAGAUUUAAGUGCUUGCUCUCCUUGCAGCAUUCUGUGAUGUUACGCCUUAUCUGAAGUGCUACUCGUGGGCCGUGAAAGAGUGUCAGCGGUACGGCGAGAAAUGGAACAAAAAAUGGGCUCACGAACCAACCUUGAUCAGAGUCUCAGCAGAGAUACCCGAGAUCAUGGCCCACCAUGCUACCCCAGUGAGUCACGACCUCUACCCUACCUGGGACAAGUUUCUUCAGGAUUUUCUUAAAAGAGGUUUGGGAAUCUUUUUAUGCUCUCAAGCUGUUUAGCCUCGAGAUUUCUGAGCUUGUAAUGUUAAUUUGAGAGUCUUCUCGUCCAGCCAUUGGCCAAACAUGACCAAGCUCCCUGUCAAAACGGAGUCAUUUUAAUAAGUGUUUGCUAUGUCGAGACUAUGUACCAUCUUAGUAUCUGCUAUUUUGAGAUUAAUGAAUAUCUUUUAUCACAUGUCAUUAUCAGCAGAGAUUUUUCAUGCGAGACUGAGUCGCAAUACCUGUUGGAGCCUCAUCCGUGUUUCUGUGGAAUGAGGGAACUACGAGUACUGCUACCCGUAGUGCUACUCCUCCUAGAUGGGAUUCUAGUCCGCUUUAGUGAGCCACCCCUUCCCCUUAGCUUUUCUUCAGGCUUUCUGAAGAACUUCCGGUGGAGAGGGGUACUGUAAGAGUAUUGUGGCCUGCCUAAGAAACUCAAUACUUUAACCCUCCAGGACUCGAACCCAGACCUUUCGAUUAUGUGUCCGAUGCGUUAGCCGCCGGGCCUCUCGUUUUGUAAUAUACUGAUGGUAUUAUGGUUGUUGUUGUUGUUGUUUUUUCCACUAAAGAGGUUUCCACUAAAGUAAGAGGAAAUCGGUGUGAGUAUGUGCUGUUCACGAGUUGUUAUUGUACAAUCAUGUUGGUUUUUUCCAUUUUUCAGGAGGAGUUAUUGAAGCUUGCCCUCCGUCUGACAGUGUUACAACUCUCAGUGUCGAUGUGUUAAUUGAGCCGACUGGGGAAACAACAAUCUUGUCCAUGGCAGACCAGGUAAGUUAAAAAUUGUGACGUCAACGUUUUCAACUAACUCAGAAACUGAGGUCUUUUUAUUGCAAGGUAAACAUAAAGGAGACAAAAUAUAAACAAAACAACCAGCUGCGUAAUUUUUUACGUUCACACGAGUAGCCUUCACCACUGUUAAAUCAACUUAUUCUCCUUAGAUUCACGCCACGUCACCGUUCAGAUGUUGGGGAUACUCUGUGCCCCAGACCUCAGUGGAUCCGCCAGUACUUUGCACGGCCGCUGAUGCUGUAUCAAAUGCCUGUAAACUGCGGGGAAUUGUGGGAUAUUUUUCGAUCGACUUUGUAACGUUUAUUGAUCCUAAAUCGGUAAGUAUUGCAGUAGAGUGCGAUUAUUGUUAGAUCGGAUAAUACUAAAACAAAGAGGCUGAGAAACAAUUAUGAUCCGACAAUCUGGAUCUUCAAUUCUUCGAUUUACAGACUGAUUUCAGGCGAAGAGUCGGUGGUUAUGAAAUCGGAAGGAGUGCACAGUCAUAGACUUCCGUUUUAAGGCUACCCUUCAUGUAUCGUAAAAUAACACAAUAGAGUUCAUGUUCACGGGCAUAAAUGUGUUUUGAGCCCGACUCAGAAUCAUUUUGGGUCUGUCACAACCUUCAUGCAUACAAUCUUGCUUUACUUGUUCAGCUGAAGCAGCUUGUGUGGGCUGUCGACCUGAAGCUGAGGUACAGUGACAGUAUGGCUAUGACAAAACUUAUGCUUUACGUGUCUGGUGGAGAGUUUCAAGCUCCUCAGUCAUCGUUUCUGGUGCCAGUUAAAAAGAAACGAGAAGAAAGCGGAAGGAGAAGGAGACGAAAAACAGUGGAGGAAGAGGAGGUGAGAUUCUCAGAUGGAUUUAUCGUAAAAACUUUAUUAUUACGUGAACACUGGCGGGUCUAUCCUCAGUGUCCGCCUAAUGUAGGGUGUCAGCACAGUUGAGGCUUGGUAAACUGCGCAUGAGCAGUAUAAAAAAGAAGGGAAUGAGUGAACAGCCCUCAUUGAAAGCGUCACAAGUUCGGUCAGAUGUGAGAACACUCAUGAGUAAUCAUCGGAAUAAACGCCAAAAUUGUAAUCCUUAUCUGUAAUCAGACGAAAGAAGUCUAUUGAAUGCAGCGUCUUGUUACUAAAAAGAUGGGAUUAAAAAUUUGGGACCUAGGCUCGUGUCUGCCAUCUAGCGGGCUUCUGCUUGAUGCAAGCUUCGCUAUAACAUGUCUAGCUGUUAUGUGUUUGUUGGCUGAAAUGUUGAUUGAUCGUGGAUAUUUUAUUUGGUUAGCUAGAGGCUUAUGAUGUUACGGUAAACAUUAUUUUGUUCUCCUGAACAUUCGAUUAAAGGAACUCUAGUCGUUUUAAAGAGAAGAAAAUUUCAGACCUUUCUCUAAUCUAAUUAACGAACGAUGAAUAUUUAUCAGGCCAGAUGCGAAGUCAGUGAAAAGUUCACGAGGGAAAUUGGCAUGAGAUCUAUUCACAGUACUCUCUUUGGGUUUAGGAGUUUCGCCAUUGCCUAAUCAUUAUGUGUGUAAAUUGUAUUUUUAUUGUUUUACAGCCACCGCCGAAUCCUAAUCGUUUCGCCAUUCUCAGCACCAGACUGCUGCACAGUAACUUGAGUGUGAUUCAUUACAGCGUUUUUUUCCAAAUGUGCCGUGCGCAUGGUAUUGGUUUUGAUAUGAAGGUGAGGAAACCGUUCAUCACGUGGUUACAACGUGCUUCGGUCCGUGGCUACUGUGACACUCUUUUUCUACGCUGUUCUUUCCUGCUUUAACCUCGCUAAAUUCUUCUUUCGAAAAAAACUAAUUUCUUUAACACGCAAUAUUCUGUUGAUCUAAAUUACAGUAACUGGACCACACUAUGUUGGUUUUACAGGAGUGAAUUGUUUUUGCUUUUUGACGUGAAUUCAUCCGUUUGUGAUGUUUCUCUCCUUGUAGGAAAAAGCUGGUACAAUUUUCACUUUGGUGGACAGCUCAAAACGAGAACAUUUAGGAAUGUUGUAAGUUGUUUUGCCGUUGCCUAAGAUUUUCAUUUUUGAACCAUCUGUCUGAUAUCAACUGAAAAAAACAAGUUGUUUGGCAUAUUUAAUCCGAGUCUGUUAUCCUAAACCCAAGGCUAUGUAUGUCGUGAUUGCACUUUGGUUCUAUCACAUUCGUCGAUAGACCAUCGGGGGUAUAUUUUCAUGACCACCAUCCUUAAUCCAAGGCAAGGCCUAUGUAAGGCUGACUUUUUUCUCGGUCAUGAUCGUGUUUUGGUUGACAUCAGCAGGAGAACGACGAUCAGCAAUAUAUCUUUUUUUUUUCCUAAUUCAUUGCACGCAAUCAUCAUCCUUUACAAAAUUCCCGUUCAGGUUUUACUUGCCUGUCCUCACUUGAUCUGAUGGAGAGCAGCAGGUCACGGACAUUUAGCCCGUAUGUUUUAUCAUUUUGUAGAUCACCCCACACAACUCCAUCUUAAAUUCUAAUACUUUGUCGCCAUUUUUUUUUAGUGUUAUGAGUGAUGACCUACAAGGCUCCCUGUCAACAUUUGCUCGUAACCUGUCAGUAAUUCAUCAGGAAAUCUCCGCUCCAAAUAUGCAGGGAGAGAGUAACUUUCAGGUCAUUCUACCUAAUUAAUACCAGACUUUGAUGCACUUUAAAUAUUCCUCAGUUGGAAAGGAAACUUUUGGGAUCUCGGACGGACAGUCAGUAGAAACGAGCGAAAGAACGUGUAAACGAAAAAUUUUGUCCUGCUACCGCCAUUUUUUCUGGUAGACUGUGUGGAGCGGGUAAUUAUGUGGAGUAGCAUUUUCCGAAACGCAGUUUUUGGAUCUGUGUUUGGUAACUACUGUUAACAACAUGUUUCUGUAAUUUCUUUCAAAUUGAUUGAAAUUUUUCUCAUUUUGUUUCUCAGGCAGCCAUUGAUGACAUUGACUCCAUCUUGGGUACAACUGAAGAGAACAAACAAAAUCCUUCCAUCCCUUCCACGAAAUCUCCGCAACUGCACGCCCCGCGGCCCAAAGAAAUGCAGCGAAUACUCCAAGAACAUCAACAGCAAAUGCAUGCCAUUGAAAAAGAUAAAAAGGAAAUGGAAGAAGAGAAGGAAAAGCAACGACUUGCCGAGGAACAUAGGAGAUCAAGUCAGCUGGAGGGGAGGGUACAGACCGGUCAAAGUAGUGCCCCUCCUCCCACCCCUGCGGCUGCGAUGUCGCCAGUUGGCUCAACAUGCCUUAUAGAGGAAACACCAGUCACUACCCGGGCAGCCUCUGUUGUUAGUGGAGUAUCGAAUGCGUUAACCUCUUAUGAGGCUGCUCAGACAUCCUCUGGGAACAACAUAGCAGCUGAAAGUGAGAAAGUUUCGACCAACCCACCCCAUCCCUCUGAAGAUGUUUUGAAUGAUGGUAAAACUAUUUCUGAAUCAAAGAAAGAGAACCAUAUUGCAAGAGCUUUACCCAGUCCAUCGGACCCGGCACCUAAAGAUGAUCCUAAGGAGAAAAAAAGAGCUUCUUCUGCAAAAACGAAGACGAGUAGUAGAACAUUAUCCCCUAUGGAAGAUGGAAAUGGCAAACGGAGUAUGUCAGCCAAGAAGUAAUGUCAAAAUACAUUGGUUGUUUUGAUCGAUCAGUGAUGCACAGUUGUAUUUAUUUCUUUACAGGAUUAAAGUCGUGAAAUAAUUAUUUGACAGAUUUGUUGAUUUUCCUAAAGAAUAUCUAUGUGAGUUUCAAUUGAAAACAAAAGAAAGAAAAAGGUAAUACGGAAAUUGUCGUCCUUUUUACGACAUUUUCGACCUAAUUUAACAUUGGAUAUGCAGACAAGUGAGGAGGGUGUCCUCAUCGAAACUACUGUAUAUAUUCUGUGAGGUGGUAUGGUUGUGUAUGGAUCCGUG